AUGAAGUUCCUCUGUCUCCCAGGCGCCUUUGGCAGCGCAAAGAAUUUCAAAAUCCAGCUGGACCCCUUUGUCACAGAGGCGGAGCGACAGGGCACUGCUCGCUUCACAUGGACGCAGGGAACGACAGAGGCGAUUCCGCCUGCCGGCUUCGAGGACUAUUUCGGUGCCGGUCCUCUGUAUCGCUUCAUUGACUAUGACGGCGUCAAGGCGUAUGAUAUUAUGGAAAGGAUCCGAUACUUUCCGGAAGCAGAGACUGCUGAAGACACCAUCAGAUUGCUGAUGGAUGACUUUACCGGGAAUGCCAUUGACAGUGUCAAAGAUACAGUGCAACGAUUGAUUGAUAUAAUCGAUGCUGAUCCUGAAAUUGAGGGCAUCCUUGGAUACUCCGAAGGAGCAACUACAGCUGCCACUGUCGUCCUGGAGGAGCGACACCGGCUGCAGAACGAGGGCAGGCCCAGACGCAUCAAGCGCGCCAUUUUCUUUGCAGGAUGGGCCCCACUGGCUAUCGUGGACGGCAAGGUCAAGGUCUUACUGAUGGAUGAGAGCGAGGAUGUGAUAGACAUUCCCACUUUGCAUGUGGUCGGAUGCAACGAUCCAUACAUCCAAGGAGCCAUAACCCUGUUCAACAUGUGCGCCGAAGAGGAAGCAGAAAUUUUUGAUCAUGGAAAGGGCCAUACAGUCCCAAGAGAUCAAAGAACAAUCUGGGAGCUCUGCGAUGCCAUCGGCCGACUCGUGAAGAAGGAAUGCACCUGGGGCGAAGACAACAUCACCGCGACCGGAAUUUCUCUAGACGCUCUCCAGGCUGAUUUGGCCAAAGAUGUCGCCGUGACGAGAGAAGGUGUUGUUGUUUAG